ACAACAAGUCUGUUUGCAACUUCUGUAAUUUGCUGAGACCAUGUGCGCAGGCAGAGAGAGAAGCAGCUGCUGAAAUACAGGCAAGCAGCAACUCAAGCAAUGAGAGGGCAAGUUUCCGGCAUCAGCACAGUAAGUUGAACCUUCAGUGCUGCACCAGGCAGGAUUGAGAAAGUACAAACUGGGUAAAGGAAAAAUUUUAGUUAAAAGUGAGUCGAAAUGCUGGAUCCCUUGAAAGUAGAAAAUCAUGCUCGACACUCUCUCCAAGAAACUGGUUGAAUACUCCUGACCGUGUGCUGAAGUUCAAGUGCAAUUGUUGCUUCUCAGAGUCAAUGCUUAUGAAAAUGAAUAAUAACAGUGAAUGCCUGAUUUUCUUUAACAGACAGCAGGUGGAUAUCAUUCUGCUGCAUUACAACUACACUGGAAAGUUGGAGAACAGGCGGUUGCCCAGCGACGGCGUGGGUGCUGUCAGGGUUAUCUUCAUGGUAGUCAGUUGCUUCAUCGUCAUUGAGAACCUUUUGGUCUUCUUGGCUAUCCUGAACAACACUCGCUUCCGGAGCUGGGUUUACUACUGCAUUGCCAACAUCACCCUCUGCGACCUACUGACGGGAAUCGUCUAUAUUGUGAACAUAUGCCUGUCGGGUGAAAAGACCUUUCAAAUCACCCCCACAGUCUGGUUCAUUAGGGAAGGGGUCUUGUUCUUUGCGCUGGCUGCCUCGACAUUCAGCUUGCUCAUCACGGCGGUGGAAAGGUACGCGACCAUGGUCAGACCUGUACCUUAUGCCUCGGCCCGUAAAACCUAUCGGGUGUACACCCUGAUUGGAUUGUGCUGGCUGGUGGCUUCCCUCAUAGGCCUUUUGCCAUUGAUGGGAUGGAACUGCAUUUGCAACUUCGACGAGUGUUCCACCUUGCUGCCUUUGUACUCCAAGAGCUAUAUCCUCUUCUGUGUUGUGGUGUUCAGCAUCAUCAUAAUCGGGAUAGUGGCACUCUACAGUGGCAUCUACCACCUUGUCAGGAACAGUGCCAAGUCCGUGUCCAGCAGCAAAAGCCGGCAGAAAUCCGUGCGGCUGCUCAAGACUGUUUUCAUGAUUGUUGCCGCCUUUGUGAUCUGUUGGAGCCCCCUCUUUGUGCUGCUCCUUCUCGACGUCUUCUGCUCCUCGCCAUCCUGCACGAAGCUGCACAGCAUGGAAUGGACCAUCACCUUGGCUGUCAUCAACUCGGCCGUCAACCCAGUCAUUUAUUCAUUUGGAAGCAAGGAGGUGAGGCGAGCCAUUCUCAAACUGCUGUGCUGCUGCCUCAUCAAAGCUGGUGCUCCCCUGCCAUUCCUGAGCAGGAGUGAGUCUGGCCUCGGAGCCUCCACCGACAGCUCCUACAGACUGAGGGAGAGCUUCCGAAAUUCCAAAUUGAUGAGUCCAAAGAAAACUUUGCCCAAGUCAGAACAAUAGAGCUCGUCUCAUGAUUUGGAGCAGACAUUCCAGCUGGGAAUUUCUCUGGGAGCUGCUCCCGUUCCCCCUGUAUGCAGUGACUUCAUCAGAAGCACUGUGUAUGUAUUAAAAUUCCUUCUAGUGACAGUAUGGUAGCAGAACCAGAUUAAAUGAAGGAAAUUCCCAGCCCAUGUGGCAAUAGUGUCAGACUGGUUCAUCUCUGAGUCACAAGCUGGUACUCCACAAACCUGAGCACAUUUCGCGCCGAUGUUUCAGUGCAGUACUGAGGGAGCGCCACACUGUCGGAGGUGCUGUCUUGCAGAGGAGACAUUAAGCGAAGGCACUGCCUACUUUCUCAGGUGGAUGUAAAAUAACCCAUGGAAAUGUCAUUUGAUAAUGCUCUUGUGAAGUGCCUUUGGAUAUUUUACUACAAUGUCACUUUUUGAAAGAUCCCAGUGAAGAAGGACAAGGUAAUUCUCCUGAUGUCCUGGACAACAUUAAAUGGUCAUUAAUCUCAUUGUUUUUUGCGUCAUUGUGAUCUGGGUAAACUGGUUGCCAUGUUUGCCUACAUAAUAGCAAUGCAUAUACUUAGAAAUAAAUUAAUUGGCCGAGGACAUGAA